CACCUGCCCAAGGUUAGAAAGACAAGGAUUUUCAAACUACUUGCAUUAUGUUCUAGGCUCUUUGAACAUUCUCCAAGAUGUCCUACAAGCAAAACCAGCAGAAGUGCCAGUUCCCUGCCAAAUGCCCCCCAAAAUGUCUACUUGAUUGCCACCCUCAGUGCCCACAAGCUCCUUCUUCAUGUCCCCCUUCUGGCUCCCCUCCAGCCUCCUCCUUCUGUGUUUCCACCCGUGUAUCUCUGGUAUCUUACCGGUUUCCACGAUUCUAUCUGCACCAGCCCCAGUGUUCAAACUGCUGUGAAAACCUGUCCUCUGGAUGUCCUGGCUGCUGCCACAACUCCGGAGGCUGUAACUGACCUGCAACUUUUGGGACACAAAGAAUCAUAGCUAAGGGCUAGUAUUGAAUUGAUGCUUUUCUUUGCUCUCGCCUUCUUUCCCUCUCGCCCUGACCUGGCUUUUCAGGAUAUAGACUCUUCUUGCUGAGAACUACAUGAUUCUUGGUCAUGGUGGUCCUAGGCCAUGGAGACCUGAGUGCAAGAAAGAAAAAAUCUGUCUCCUAAAAGACUUGUCAGUGUACAGAAAUAAAACUAAUCUUUCUUGGAA